AAACGAAUAAAAGGGCUGCCUUUGAGACUCUCAAAUACUAAAUCGAAAUAAUGCUUAGACUUAGUUUUAUGUUAUUGGCCCUUGGUUAUGCAUCGGCCCAGGCUCCGCGGCGCGAUGAAGAGUAUCCACCACCGGUUAUGCUAAAAAUAACAAACCAUUUUCGCAAAAUUUGCAUCGAAAAAACCGGCGUCACUGAAGAGGCUAUCCAUGAGUUCAGCGAUGGACACAUCCACGAGGAUGAGAAUCUCAAGUGCUACAUGAAUUGUCUAUUUCACGAGUUCGAUGCAGUUGACGACAAUGGUGAUGUGCAUCUGGAGAAACUGUUUUAUGCCAUGCCGGGCCAGCUGCGUGAUAUAUUAAUGCGACUGUCCAAGGACUGCAUACAUCCAGAGGGUGAUACGCUAUGUCACAAAGCCUGGUGGUUCCAUCAAUGCUGGAAGAAGGCAGAUCCAGUGCAUUAUUUCUUAUUUUAACUGUUUAAGAUUUCCUUGAAGCAGUAAAUAAAUAAAGAUACAA